UUUAUGAACCAGAUAUGCGCACUGAAGAUACGAAAACAAACCUUGCAUUCAGGGUAAAAUGUCUUAGGUAAACUAGACAGCGAUCAAACUAGAUCCCAAUAGUCAGGAAAAAGGUUUUAUACAAUACGGUUAUAACUACGAACAGAAUGACAGCUAAAGUUAUCGCAAUUUGCGCAAUUUGCUUGACAAUAGUAUGUUACAGAGUAGAUGGUAAUGAAUGUGAUGAGGGCUGGACAUCGUUUGAUGACAACCUAUCUGUAUGCUACCUGUUCGCUUACAACCAAAAAAGUUGGAUUGAGGCGAAGGAAACAUGUGACGCUUUACAUUCCAAACUUGGAAAGAUAGACACUCGAGAUAAGGUGCAAUAUGUGCUGACAUCUCCCAUGAUUACAGGUGGAUGUAACGCUUUUUGGGUCGCCCCUCCCGAUAGACAGGGAAUGAAUGGUUUUAAUGCACACCCAAGUGAUUGUAUAGUUCUAACUAAUCAUCCUGCAACUCCAAACACACAUUGGGACUUUGAAUACUGUUUUACUCGUCAUUGUUUUAUAUGCGAAAAACGAAUUGUGUAAUUCCUCUAAUAUUAGAGGUUUUGAUGAAUCCAUCAGCAAUAAAAGUUUGUCUUCAUAUAAUG